CUGGACCGCCUCCGUUUGGGCGCCUAACUGGGCGUGCCGCCAUUUUUUGUGCAUACGCGAGAAACACUCGAGCUAACUUUCUUUCAUUAUUUUCUCGCGAGCCAGACUGGUCAUCUUCCAAUUCGCAUGCCGCAAAAACUCGGCAAUCAGUCUCGAACACACCAGAUUCAAUAAUUUGAUAAAACGAACUCUCUUAGUUUCUUUUGAUGCGGUGAGAUCACGAACAUCGGGAAUUAUUUCUCGAACGCACGAUGGCCAAAGAAACGCAAUUCCUCGCUCGUCUGGCUGCUAACCACCUCUACCUUGCUCAAUUCGAACCCCUGCGAGCUAUUCUUCUUGCUCUUCGUACUCGGAACCGUAACCUAGCUCGCUCUAUUUUACAGACCAUUGUUGCUCACUCGGGUCGAUUCCAGAAUAUUUUAUGGUCACCCUCUUGUUCGUCUCCUGCUCUUCUCACCUACUUAGCGACGAUUGAAUUGUUGCAAUUCGAUAAUGCUUCUUCUGCAUGGAACUUCGACUCAGAAACACUGCGGUUACGUGUGGAGUUCUUGUUGUUAGUUCAAAAUUUGAUUGACCUGUUGUCAGAAAGCACAAGGAAGAACAUAAGCACAGAAAAAGAUAAUUUGAAGGGCGCAGGAAGUUCGGAGGACCAACGUUGUAAAUUGGAUGAGGGGGAAGAAUUAAGGGAUGGAAAAGGUGACCCGGGCAGCUGUAUGAGAAUUUUGGAUAGGAUUUUGGAGCUGGGAAUGAAGAGGCUGAGGCCAGAAGAGGAUGUAGAAAUGGACAGGGCUGAGUCUUCGGUUUCUGCCAGUGUUGCUCCUGUUGAAGAAGGAGAGUUGAUGUGUCUGAGGAGGGUGAUUUUGAAUCAUGCAGAUAUUUUUUAUGCACUCUGUGGGAAUAUACAUAAGCAAAUUAGACUGUGGGAGUGUUACGAUCCUGGCUUAGCAACAACAGUGGGGGCAAGUGGCGAUGCGCAGGUGGAGUUGUCGGAAGAAGAGGAUGUUAGAAUACUCGGUUUAAUACUAAAGACCGUUCAGGUGGUUCAUCUGGAUGCGAUGAAGCAAGUUAUGAAAGCGGGUGAUCCAGAAGAAGCAGUUUCACACAUUAGAUUUCUUCAUUUUGAUCAAGGAGUCGAGGUGACAGAGUACCGCAUAGUUUUGAAAGAUCUCGUCAAGAGUGUUUUAUCAAGAAGUGAGAAUUUUGGUGAUUCUUGGAAUGCCAUGCGUGACCAACUGCUAAUGAUUUAUGGAGAAGCCCUUUCAUCAGAUUGCGGAGAUAUUAUUCAAAUGAUACAGGCCAUUCACGAUGAGCUGCUGUCUGAAGAGAUUGAAGUUUAUAGAGCUCAAACCGACAACUUCGUUCCACCUCCUCUCAUGCGGUUUCUGAGAUAUUGCGCUGAGUUGAAGCUUCAUCAGGAUGUAGAUGAUAAGGCAUUUUCCCUGAAUAAGGCUGUUGACUCUUGCAAGGGGGAAAUGUACCAUUAUGCUCGUGUUUCUGGACUACAUGUACUUGAGUGUAUCAUGGAUACUGCCUUGUCUGCUGUGAAGAGAGAGCAACUUGAAGAAGCCAGCAAUGCUCUCCAGUUGUUUCCCCAACUACAGCCAUUGGCAGCUGCCAUGGGGUGGGAUUUACUGGCUGGUAAAGUAGCAGCAAGGAGGAACUUAAUGCAACUGCUCUGGAAAAGUAAGUCACAAGUAAUUCAGCUUGAGGAAUCUUCUCUUUAUGGUUAUAAAUCAGAUGAGAUGUCCUGUGUGGAACAACUUUGUGACACUCUAUGUUAUCAGCUUGAUCUUGCCUCCUUUGUUGCCUUUGUUAAUUCUGGUCGGUCUUGGAAUUCAAAGUUCUCGUUAACACUAUCUGGAAAAGGACAAAUGACGUUGAGAGAUGAAGAUGCUUAUUCUGACCCUUUCGUUGAGAACUUCGUGUUGGAAAGACUUUCUGUCCAAAGUCCUCUGCGGGUGCUAUUUGAUGUUGUGCCAGGAAUAAAAUUCCAGGAAGCCAUUGAAUUGAUCAGUAUGGAGCCAAUUGCUUCCACUGUGGCUGCUUGGAAGAGGAUGGAAGAUGUGGAACUCAUGCACAUGCGUUACGCUCUGGAGUCAACUGUUCUUGCUUUGGGAGCUAUGGAAAGGAGCAUUUCUGAUGAAAAAGAAGCUAAUCAACAAGUGGCAUUAUUUCAUUUGAAAGAUCUGCGUAAUCAUUUGGAUUCCAUCAAUAAUCUUCCUCGCAAGAUCUUUAUGGUGAAUGUCAUAAUUUCGCUCUUGCACAUAGAUAAUCUCUCUCUCAAUUCAAUGCAUUGUCCAUCCCCAGGCAGUGAUUCUAAAUGGUCCGAUACAUUCUCUACUGAACAUGGUGACUUGAUUAAAUGUGAAGGGGGGAAUAAAAUGGUUAUAUCUUUCACUGGGUUACUACUUGAUAUAUUGCGCCAUAAUAUAUCAUCUGUGAUUGAGUUAGAGAGGACAUUAGAUGACAGUCUUAGCACAGCUAGCAUACAAGCUCUGGAUUGGAGAAUUUCAAUUGCAAAGCGUUUCACUGAAGAAUGGGAAUGGCGUUUGUCAAUAUUGCAGCAUCUUCUACCAUUUUCAGAGCGGCAAUGGAGAUGGAAGGAGGCAUUGACAGUAUUACGUGCUGCCCCUUCCAAGCUGCUUAACCUUUGCAUGCAAAAAGCAAAGUUUGAUAUUGGAGAAGAAGCAGUCCAUAGAUUUUCAUUAUCUGCUGAAGAUAAGGCUACCCUCGAGUUAGCUGAAUGGGUAGAUAGUGCCUGCAGAAAAGCAUCUGUAGAUGAUGUGGUGUCCCGUGUGCAGGAUCUAGAUUUUUCCUUGUUGCGCUCUCAAUUAGGUCCUGUGGCUGUAAUUCUUCUCUGUAUUGAUGUCGCUGCAACUUCUGCGAGGACUGCAAAGAUGUCACAACAACUUCUGAAUCAGGCUCAAAUUAUAUUAUCUGAGAUCUAUCCUGGAGGAUCUCCCAAAGCAGGCUCUACUUAUUGGGAUCAGAUCCUUGAAGUGGGUGUAAUAUCUGUUUCACGGCGUCUUCUGAAGCGGCUGCAUGAGGUCCUGGAGCAGGACAACCCUCCAGCCCUUCAGGCUAUCCUGUCUGGGGAAAUUUUCAUCCCUUCAUCAAAGGAGAUGCAACGACGAGAACAGAAGGAGCGUGCCCUUGCUCUUCUACAUCAGAUGAUUGAAGAUGCUCACAGGGGCAAGCGACAGUUUCUGAGUGGUAAGCUUCAUAACCUUGCUAGAGCUGUUGCUGAUGAAGAGACUGAAUCAAGUACUACUAGAGGCGAAGGGCUGCAUGCUGAACGGAGUGUUAAUACAAACAAUGAGAGGGACAUUGUGCUCGGUCUUGGAUUAAGAGUUGUUAAGCGAUUAACUUCAAGUGCAGGAGAAACUGGCAUGCAGUCUGUUGGUUAUGAUAUAAAAGAUCCUGAGAAGAGAAUAUUUCGUCCCUUGAGUGCCAAACCCAUUACAUAUCUGUCACAGUUCAUUCUUCAUGUUGCUGCAAUUGGUGACAUAGUUGAUGGAACUGAUACUACUCAUGAUUUUAAUUUUUUCUCUGUCGUGUAUGAGUGGCCUAAGGAUCUUUUGACUCGACUGGUCUUUGAAAGAGGCAGUACUGAUGCAGCUGUGAAAGUAUCUGAUAUUAUGGGUGCUGAUUUUGUACAUGAGGUGAUUUCUGCAUGUGUGCCUCCAGUCUAUCCUCCACGAUCUGGGCAUGGUUGGGCAUGCAUUCCAGUUGUUCCUGCCUUUUCUAAGAGUGGCUCUGACAACAAAGUCCUGUCUCCCACUUCAAAAGAUGCAAAGCCAAAUUGCUAUUCUCGUUCUUCAGCAACUCCUGGUGUUCCUUUAUAUCCUCUGCAGUUGGAUGUUGUGAAACAUUUGGCAAAAAUAUCGCCAGUGAGGGCUGUCUUGGCUUGUGUGUUUGGAAGUAGUAUAUUGUACAGUGGCGGUGAUUCUUCAAUUUCAAGCUCCUUAAAUGAUGGGUUACUGCAUGCUCCUGAUGCUGAUAGACUGUUUUACGAGUUUGCUCUUGAUCAAUCUGAGAGGUUCCCCACACUAAACAGAUGGAUACAAAUGCAGACUAACCUCCAUCGAGUUUCAGAAUUUGUUGUAACUUCUAAUCACACAACUGAUGAAGAACUUGAAGCAAGAACUUCCGUUAAGAGAAUUCGUGAACAGGACAGUGACACAGAGUCAGAAGUUGAUGAGUUUGUUGGUAGCAGUACUGUUCCAAUAGGUUUGGCAGACCUAAAUAACCAAGGGGUUGAAGCUGCAGACCCUUGGCAUGACUCUCCAAAAUCUGAAGCUGCUCAACUUGACACCACAGUGUUCCUUUCUUUUGAUUGGGAUAACGAAGAGCCCUGUGAGAAGGCUGUGGAUCGACUAAUUGAUGAAGGAAAGCUAAUGGAUGCCCUCGCACUUUCAGACCGCUUUCUACGUAAUGGAGCUUCUGAUCGGCUUCUUCAACUACUCAUUGAACAUGAAGAAGACAACCAAUCAAUCUCUGCACAACGACAAGGAUACAGAGGACAUAGUAUGUGGAGCAAUAGUUGGCAGUAUUGUCUGAGGCUGAAAGACAAACAGCUGGCGGCCAGACUUGCCCUGAGGUAUGUGCACAGCUGGGAAUUGGAUGCUGCUUUGGAUGUUCUCACAAUGUGCAGCUGCCAUCUACCUCGAAGUGAUCCAAUCAUGACUCAGGUUUUGCAAAUGAAACAAGCUUUGCAGAGGUACAGUCACAUAUUAAGUGCAGAUGAUCACUAUACAAGCUGGCAAGAGGUUGAAGCAGAUUGCAAGGAAGAUCCUGAGGGACUGGCCCUUAGGUUAGCUGGGAAAGGAGCUGUUUCUGCUGCAUUAGAAGUGGCAGAAAGUGCAAGACUGUCAGUUGAUUUAAGAAGAGAGUUGCAAGGGCGGCAGCUUGUGAAGCUUCUAACUGCAGACCCUCUUAAUGGUGGCGGACCAGCCGAAGCUUCACGGUUUCUCUCCUCAUUACGUGACACAGAUGAUGCUUUGCCGGUGGCUAUGGGUGCAAUGCAGCUAUUGCCCAAUCUGCGGUCAAAGCAACUUCUUGUUCACUUCUUCCUGAAGCGGAGAGAAGGAAAUCUGUCUGCUGUUGAGAUUUCUCGGCUUAAUUCAUGGGCGUUAGGCCUUCGCGUUCUUGCUGUCUUGCCCGUACCAUGGCAACAGAGAUGCUCUUCCCUGCAUGAGUAUCCUCAUCUGAUUUUGGAAGUGCUCUUAAUGAGGAAACAAUUGCAAUCUGCUGCACUGAUAUUAAAGGAAUUUCCUUCUCUACGAGACAGCAAUGUGAUUACUGCAUAUGCAACUAAGGCCAUUGCUGUUAGUAUUAGCUCGCCUCCUAGAGAACAUCGGAUAUCUGUCUCGGGAUCCAGACCAAAGCCAAAAACAAGAUCAGUUGUCCCUCCACGGUCAUCUUUCACGAGCAGUCUUAGUAAUUUACAAAAAGAGGCUCGAAGGGCUUUUUCAUGGGCUCCAAGAAAUACUGUGGAAAAAAAUGCUCCAAAAGAUGUUUAUAGGAAAAGAAAAAGUUCUGGAUUGUCACCAUCUGAUAGAGUCACUUGGGAGGCAAUGACUGGAAUUCAAGAAGAUCGUGUUUCAUCAUUUUCUACUGAUGGCCAAGAGCGGCUUCCUUCUGUUUCCAUUGCAGAGGAAUGGAUGCUUACAGGUGACCCAAAUAAAGAUGGAAGUAUCCGUUCAUCUCAUCGAUAUGAAAGUGCCCCUGACAUCACACUGUUCAAGGCACUGCUUUCUCUGUGUUCUGAUGAAUCAGUUUCUGCCAAAAUUGCCUUAGCUUUGUGCGUUAAUCAGAUGAAGAAUGUCUUGAGCUCACAGCAAGUGCCCAACAGUGCAUCGAUGGAAAUAAUUGGGCGUGCAUAUCAUGCCACAGAGACAUUCGUGCAGGGUCUACUUUAUGCCAAGUCUCUGCUAAGAAAGCUCAUGGGAGGCGUUGAAUUGCCAAGUAGUUCUGAAAGAAGUAGGGAGGCUGAUGACACAUCAUCUGAUGCUGGUAGCUCUAGUGUGGGUAGUCAAUCCACAGAUGAGCUAUCAGACCAAAUGUCACUGGUGGAUAUGUGGUUGGGACGUGCAGAGCUGCUUCAGAGUCUUUUGGGAUCUGGAAUUGCUGCUUCUCUCGAUGACAUUGCUGAUGGAGAGUCAUCUGCCCAGCUGCGUGACAGGUUGAUCAUGGAAGAAAGGUACAGCAUGGCUGUGUAUACCAGCAAAAAGUGCAAGAUUGAUGUCUUUCCGGUAUGGAAUGCCUGGGGACAUGCAUUAAUUCGUAUGGAGCACUAUGGACAAGCUCGUGUGAAGUUUAAGCAAGCUCUUCAGGCGUACAGGGGCGAUCCUGGGCCUGUAAUUUUGGAGAUUAUUAACACUAUUGAAGGUGGUCCCCCGGUCGAUGUUUCAGCAGUUCAUUCAAUGUAUGAUCAUUUUGCUAAAAGUGCUCCAACAAUCUUGGAUGACUCUCUUUCAGCUGAUUCAUAUCUCAAUAUCCUGUACAUGCCAUCAACAUUUCCACGUUCAGAGAGGUCAAGACGGUCUCAGGAAUCUACAAGUAAUUCUAUAUAUAGUCCAGACUUUUAUGAUGGUCCUCGGAGCAACCUGGAUAACGCCCGAUACAAUGAAUGUGUUACCUACUUACAAGAGUAUGCACGUCAACAUUUGCUUGGAUUUUUAUUUAGGCAUGGUCAUUACCAGGAUGCUUGCUUGUUAUUCUUUCCUCUUGAUGCUGUUGCCCCACCCCCACAGCUGUCAAUAAUCAGUGGGGUUGCUUCGUCUCCUCAAAGACCAGAUCCUUUAGCUACUGAUUAUGGAACAAUUGAUGAUCUGUGUGACUUCUGCAUUGGUUAUGGUGCUAUGCCUGUUUUGGAGGAAGUCAUUUCAACAAGAAUAUCAUUAGCCAAACCACAAGAUUUAGUAGUGGAUCAGUAUACGGCGACAGCCCUUGUCCGUAUUUGCAUCUAUUGUGAAACCCACAAGCAUUUCAAUUAUUUAUACAGGUUUCAGGUAAUUAAGAAGGACCAUGUUGCUGCUGCACUCUGCUGUAUUCAGUUAUUUGUUAAUUCUUCUUCACAAGAAGAAGCUAUUAAACAUUUGGAACAUGCUAAGAUGCAUUUUGAUGAAGGAUUGUCAGCCAGACAUAAAGGUGGUGGCUCUACCAAGCUUGUAACAAAAGGUCUAAGAGGGAAAAGUGCCUCUGAGAAGCUCUCUAAGGAAGGUCUUGUCAAAUUUUCUGCUCGGGUAUCAAUCCAGGUUGCAGUUGUUAAAUCCUUUAAUGAUCCAGAAGGCCCACAGUGGAAAUAUUCGCUUUUUGGGAAUCCAAACGAGUUAGAAACUUUUAGGCGAAGGUGUAAGAUUGCAGAGAUCCUUGUGGAGAAGAAUUUUGAUUUGGCAUUCCAAGUGAUCUAUGAAUUCAAUCUUCCUGCUGUUGACAUAUAUGCUGGUGUUGCUGCAUCUCUUGCUGAAAGAAAAAGAGGCAGCCAGUUGACAGAAUUCUUUAGAAACAUCAAGGGCACAAUAGAUGACGAUGAUUGGGACCAGGUCUUGGGUGCUGCAAUAAAUGUAUAUGCUAAUAAGCACAAAGAACGUCCAGACCGUCUAAUAGACCUGUUAACUAGCAGCCACAGGAAGGUUCUUGCUUGUGUGGUUUGUGGUCGUUUAAAAAGUGCAUUUCAAAUUGCUUCUCGGAGUGGAAGUGUGGCUGAUGUUCAAUAUGUUGCUCAUCAGGCACUUCAUGCAAAUGCACUUCCGGUGCUUGAUAUGUGUAAGCAAUGGUUAGCUCAGUACAUGUAAAUCUGGCUGGAGGAAUCUACAUGUACUGCGGGCUUGCCUCUGCGUCUUUUGGUUGUGUGCUAGGUGUUUGAAGAUUACAAGUUGAAUAGUAGCUUCCGGGGAAGCAGCGCAUACCCAAGACCACUGCAAAAACAGUUUGUCUUGUUUCAUUAAGCACUGUCUGAUCCUAAAUAUAGUCGUAGCCUGCUACCUCUUCAUAACCGAGUUUGGAAGACUAGCAGCGAUAACACGAUCACAAGGUCAAUAAUUUGAUGCAGGCUCUGAGAUUGGGACCACUUGAUUGUCAAAGACGAUGAUAAAAAGUUGAGGCACAGUGUAAAUUUGCUUCUGUUAGUCGAUAGGUGAAAGUUUUGAGGCAGACUGUAAAUUUGCUUCUGUGGUCACGUGAUUUUAACAUAUAAUGUUUAUUUUAUGAUUUCAGUCAGUUUGUUGGGAUUCCAGGGAUUGGCGUCGCAGCUCACUAGCUAUUGUACCUGCAUAUACAAAACUGAUUCAGUAAAAAGCAAGCACAAUGAUCAUAAAAAAUGUCUGGUUGUUUUUCUUAAA